GAUAAAAUGUUAUUAUAAAAAGUUUAAAGGUAUAAUUAUAACUAGCGGAACCUAGUUGGUCGAGGGGUGGUAUUUGCAAUUUAGAAAAAAAGGGUUCAAUAUUGGAAAUCAAAGUCAACCAACUCCAAGAAAGGGCACUUCCGUUGAGUUCCAUCCCUUUAAUUCAAUAUUCAUUUUAAUGUAAGUUUUCUUCUUUUCUUUUCUUUUUUUUAAACGUAUCUUUUAGGCCAUUAAUAUUUUUAUGUUACUUUCUUUCUUUUGCAUUCCUUUCUUAUUUCUUUAUAAGAAUCAGUAUUAUCACUCAACGCUUUCAACCCAAAACCAUCAAACCAUCGAACCAUUAAACCAUAAGCCAUCAACUAAACAAAAUGCCCAAAAAAUUGCAAAAAUCGCUUCAAGAUUACCUCUCGAAGAUCAAAAAGCCAACGCCUCAGCUUCAGUUUCCUAAUCCACAAACUUUUUCCUCAUCAAAAAGUUGGAUUCUCCAUGGUUGUAAGCAUCCAAAAACGCUUUCCUUCGCCAUCGAUCGGAAGCAAGUCGACGCCGUCGGUAACAAAGAAGACGCCGCUGCUACGCUUGCCGAUAUCGACCGAUUUCUCUUCGAGAAUUUCCGGUCGUUGUACCUGAAAGAUGAUGGAGAUUUCAGCGACAGGAAAGUAGUAGGAGGAGGAGGAGGAGGAGGAGGUCGAGAUUGCAAGAAUCACAGAGGACGAGUGGUUUCACCUGAAUCGCCGGUUGAUUCAUACGGUGGAUCUCACCGAUUCUUCUUCUCCCCUGACUUAUCUGGAUCUGAUCUUCCGGACGAUUCUCACACAGAAUCGUCAGAAAAUGCAGGAUCGAGUUCUUCUUCUUUGAUCGGUGAAGAUCGGGGAAAGGAUCUGAAACUUCCGAGCGAUUGCAUCGCGAUUUUGAGGAAGUCGCCGAAUCCGUCAGAGGAAUUUCGUCGAUCGAUGCAAGAGAUGAUGGAUGCUCAUUUGAAACAGCAUGAGAAAGUGGAUUGGGAGUUUAUGGAAGAGCUUCUGUUCUGUUAUCUAAAUUUGAACGAAAAAAAAUCGUACAAAUAUAUACUGAAUGCGUUCGUUGAUUUGAUAGUGAUUUUGCGGCAGAAGGCAGAGGAGGCGCCGGCGAAGCCACGGACGGUGAGAAGCGUGAGAAUGGUGAGGAGAAUGAUAUGAAAUUGGGAGAAUGAAAUCAAAUAAAAGAUUUCAUGAAAAAGAGAAUAAGAAUGAAAUUUGAAUUUGAAUUUGAACACACAGAGAGAAAUGAAAUGAAGGAUUUUAGAAGAAGAAAUCUGUGAUUGAAAAGGAAGGAAGGAGAUAGUAAUUAAGAACAAGAAAUGUAAUUGUAAUUUCUACAUUUUGUGAAGUAAAUUCAAACUGGGAAUCGCAGAAGCGGGCUUUGGUUUUUGGGUUUGAAUGUGUUGAAUGUUCCAAAUGAAACAAACUAAGAAUAUGAUUCCCCAAAAACAAAGUAUAAUAAACGGAGUCGGAGACUUACACUCUCUCUAA